AUGCCUCAACGGUUUGAUCGGAUUGUGAGCGCGGCGAUUGAGAAGAGAUUGGGCGGUGGUGGAGAGAAGAAGGAAGGGGAUGGGGUUAAUAACAAGAAGAAGGAUUUGUUGCAGAUUCUGCUGGAUUCUGGUGCUGCAUCGUCCUUGGCUUCCAUGGCCCAUUUCAAAGCCCUUUGGCAGGAUAUCGUCGUUGCUGGGAACGAAAACAUAUCGAGAAUGAUCGAGUGGGCAAUGUCAGAGCUACUUAACAGCGACAAGGCAAUGAAAUCAGUGAAGCGAGAGCUAGACAAAAUGCUGGGACUCGACAGCCUAGUCAAGGACCACCAUCUUAGAAACCUCAAAUACCUGGACGCCGUCAUAAAAGAGACGUGUCGAUUACACCUCGCCCUCGUCACCCGGACGGCGAACCAAACCUGUACCGUCGGCGAAUUCACUGUCCCCCAAGGGACGGAAGUCGUCGUCAAUGGUUGGGCCAUCCACAGGGACCAUCAGUUCUGGGACGAGCCGUCGGAUUUCCGACCGGAGCGAUUUCUGGACGGUGGGGACGGGAGACCGCCGGCGUUUGAUUUCAUGGGCGGCGGGAGCAGUGGUUUCCGGUACAUUCCGUUCGGGUCGGGUCGGAGGAGCUGUGCGGGAGUGCAUUCGGCGGAGAGGCUGAUGAAGUAUGUAUUGGCUUCGUUCUUGCAUUGUUUCGAGUGGAAGCUUGCCGACGGGGAAGGAGGAGUUGUUGAUUUUGCCGAUGAGUUUGCGCUGUUGAUCAAGAAGAAAAGGCCGUUAAUCGCAGUGCCGACUCCACGCCUGCUUGCUAGGCCAGAGCUGCUUGCUUAA